UUGUGAACCCUCCCAUUUUUCCAGCUGCAAGCAUCCCUUCUUUUUUCUCCCAAGCUUAGCCACGCGCGAUCUUUCUUAACCCUAUCUCUCUCUGCCGCAAUCACGCCGGCACGCCCCCAUCUAUCUCCUUCUCUGCACGUCGGCACACCACACUUGUGUUCGUAGCACCCCUCCAUCGCUAGCACACAGAUCAAAGAGGGAGCAAUUGCGAGACAAUUAUCUUAGUUUUCCGGAUUGGCAGUGUAGGUGAAAGGUGUUUAAUUGAGAAUCGCCCAACAUGAAGAACGCUGAGCGCAUUGCGAAUUUUGCUUUAGCGGGGUUGACAUUAGCUCCACUUGUUAUGAAGGUUGAUCCUAAUUUGAACGUUGUUUUGACUGCUUGUCUAACUGUUUACGUGGGUUGUUAUCGAUCUGUGAAACCCACUCCACCUUCAGAGACAAUGUCCAGUGAACAUGCCAUGCGUUUUCCCUUUGUUGGGAGUGCAAUGCUUUUAUCUCUUUUCUUGCUUUUCAAGUUUCUAUCAAAGGACUUGGUUAAUGCAGUCUUGACGUGCUACUUUUUUGUGCUUGGGAUCCUUGCCCUUUCAGCCACUCUGUUGCCUGCUAUUAAGCGAUAUCUGCCAGACCAUUGGAACCAAGAUGCUAUUGUAUGGCGUUUUCCAUAUUUCCGUGCUCUGGAGAUCGAUUUCACCAGGUCUCAGAUUGUUGCAGCAAUUCCUGGAACCUUCUUUUGUGCAUGGUAUGCUAUGAAGAAACACUGGCUGGCUAACAAUAUCUUGGGCCUUGCUUUUUGUAUUCAGGGAAUUGAAAUGCUUUCUCUUGGUUCCUUCAAGACUGGUGCCAUACUUUUGGCUGGACUGUUUGUAUACGAUAUUUUCUGGGUUUUCUUUACUCCAGUGAUGGUUAGUGUUGCGAAAUCUUUUGACGCACCUAUAAAGCUUUUGUUCCCCACCGCGGAUGCUGCUCGACCAUUUUCCAUGCUUGGACUUGGUGAUAUUGUCAUUCCUGGCAUCUUUGUAGCACUGGCUCUUCGAUUUGAUGCAUUGAGGGGAAGAGAUGGUCAAUAUUUUAAGAGUGCUUUUCUGGGAUACACAGUUGGUUUGGUCCUCACAAUUAUAGUCAUGAAUUGGUUUCAAGCUGCUCAGCCUGCACUUUUGUACAUUGUGCCUGCUGUUAUUGGAUUUUUGGCUGCUCAUGUCAUAUGGAAUGGGGAAGUGAAACCGUUGUUAGAGUUUGACGAGUCGAAGAGUGGCGUUUCAUGUGAAGAAGGAGGAGAUGAUGACAAAGGAGGGAAGAAGGAAUAAAUAUAAAUAAUUAUGAUGUGAUGAGCAAACAAUGAGAGAGAUCAUCCCAUCCAUCCCCACCCCAUCAUGUAAGCUAAGCCUUUUCUUUUAACAUUGGGCUCUAAUUUUAUAUCCUAAACUUCGCCUACAGUUGUAGUGUAUCAAACUCAAACACACACAGAUUUUGAAAUAUGAGGUUUAGCUCUCUCCUUUUAGUUUUCCACCUUUUAUUGCAACUCUGCCCCCCCACCCAUUUUCUUGGGGUUUCUAUAGCAAAUUUUCAAUA